AUGGAUUGUUUUAAAACUUUUAUAAUAAUCGACAUAUUAGCAUUAAUUAUGUUGAUUGUAUUUCCUAUACGAUCAAUGCCAACAAAUGAUGAUUUGAUGAAAUUACCAAUACAUCAGAAACGAUGGACAUUCAAUACUUGGCGUUUACAUGGUCGUCGACAAUUGUCGAAUGAUUUUUAUUCACCAACGACAUCAUUGUUACCAUCCCUUGACAAUCAUCAAUAUGAUAUUUUCGAUGAUGCAGAAGAUGAUGCACGUAAAACACCUGAACAUCUAUCACAAUUUUUUCGAGAAUAA